CAACAUUGUUCCUGUCGAUAUUGACCCAUCUCAUACUGUCCCUCCAGCGUUGCAUUAACAUUGCAAACAUGGCCCCGUCUUUUGAAGAGGUCAUCAAAUCAGGCCAAUUCACCUUUCUGAUCGGCGAGGAAAAGGAAGAGGUAAUUGUCCACUCGGCGGCUGUGGCGGCUACGUCUGAGCCGAUGAAUCGACUUAUCAAUGGAAAUUUGAGCGAGGCAAAAGAUCGAUGCGCCGAAAUCCCCGAUAUUGCCACGGAGGACUUUAUCCGGUUUUGCGAGUAUGCUUAUCGAGGUGACUACACUGUCCCAGCUUGGGAGGAAGUUUUCCUCAUUCAGGAUGAGGUGCCUACUCAGGAUGAGGUGCCUACUCAAGAUGAGAUUGCAGAACUGUCGAAGGAUGUACCAGUCCCCGUCGUGGAAAUCUCAUAUGAUUUGCCAGCCGAACCACAUAUGCCUUCAGUAUUACUUUCAGGAGAUGCUCCACCGCCGACCAACUACGUGGAUGGAUGGGACUUCCCCGUCAUGAAAACGUCGAACGAAAAGAACUUAGAAAACUCAAGGGAACUCGGACUGGAUGGACUCCGGGCUGAGUUUCGAAAACGAGUCUACAACCUCGAUGAAGGUCCUCAGGCUGAAAUAUUGGACCGGUGCAUCCCCAAACGCAACGAGGGUGACCUCCAAGAUUUCACGCCAGUAUUCCUAGCUCAUGCUCGCCUAUAUUCCUUCGCGAAUAUGCGCCUUGUUGAGCCACUCAAAACUUUGACGCUCCACAAGCUUCAUCAAACUUUAUUGAACUUUCGGUUGUAUGAGAGGCGCAUCGGCGAUGUUAUUGAGCUCGCCAGAUAUACCUAUUCAAACGACAAUACUCCAGAUCGAAAGUCUGAUGGGACUAUUGACCCACUUCGACAGCUUGUGGUUGAAUACAUCAUUAGCGAGCAUGGGACCAUUGGCGCAAGCCUCGCAUUCAAGGAGCUGAUAGAAGAAGGUGGCGAGUUUGUGGGAGACUUCUGGAGUACAAUAAGAUCUCGCAUUCUUUGA